GACCGUUUUCUCAAUAAAGAUAAAUAUUCAUCUGCAAUAGUUAUCGACGUGUAUUGGAGUGAGAUGUGAGUGCUGGUUCUCGCGCGCGACAGCACGCGACAGCGAGCAAGGUUAGUUUUCGUUGGUUUCGUGGUCAUCUUUGUUCGUGUGACACGAGAUAUCGUCUAUUCAAGGACGAUCGCCACAAAGUUACACGUCAGCAAGUUCGUCGGUUUUACGUGCAGAUCUGCAGUGACCGCAAAUAUGAUUUUUUAUUUCUUAAUGUAAGGAACAUCGCUCGUUAGCGGCUCGUUAGUGCGAGCCCCUGCAUGGACACCCAUAAUCCUAUUCAUAAACAUGCUGUUACUAAUAGCUGUGUGUAACGCAUUAUGUAUACUUGUUUUUUUACCAAUUCUAUUGGUGAAAUGGAGAAGGUUUUACUCGAAGAAACGAGAGGAGAGACAACAAACUGGAACUGUCAUUGGAAUUUUUCAUCCAUACUGCAAUGCAGGUGGAGGAGGCGAGAGAGUGCUUUGGGUUGCAGUUCAGGCUAUACAGAACAAAUAUCCUGAUGUACACAUAGCCAUAUACACUGGUGAUCUUGACGCGGAUCCUGAAAAGAUUUUGAGCAGAACUGAGAAGACGUUCAAUGUAAAAUUGCAGCCCAAUAUUGAAUUCAUCUAUCUGCAUGGACGAAAAUGGGUGGAGGCCUCCACUUAUCCCUAUUUCACGCUUUUGGGGCAAAGCUUGGGAUCUGUCUGUCUGGGCAUCGAGGCAUUAAACAAUCUUACACCAGAUAUUUACAUCGACACUAUGGGUUAUGCAUUCACUUAUCCUCUAUUUAAAUAUAUCGGUGGCUGCCGAGUUGGAACGUACACGCACUAUCCUACUAUUUCGACUGACAUGUUGAAGUACGUCUACAAAAGACGCGCCGCGUACAACAAUCACAGAAUUAUCGCCAGAAAUCCGUUACUGUCAGGAGCAAAAUUUGUUUACUACAAAUUAUUCGCGCGUGUAAGUAUAAAGUUGUACGCAUCCGAGCAAACGUUUAGGAAAACAAAAAUAAGUCUUCACACAAACAGUUAUUUCAUAGAUAGAACAUUUCAGUUGUACGGAUUGGUUGGUAGUUGCGCCGAGAUCGUGAUUGUAAACUCCUCAUGGACUGAGGAUCACAUUAACACUAUCUGGAAAUGUCCGAUGAAAACGCAUCGAGUGUAUCCCCCGUGUAGCGUGGAGCACCUAACUGAAUUGCCGCUCAAUGAGGAAAAAGAUGAUUAUGUACGCAUAGUUGCGAUCGCACAAUACAGGCCAGAGAAGAAUCAUCCACUUAUGUUGCGAGCGUUGUUCGAGCUAAGGUCUAUUCUUAGAGAAGAAGUCUGGGAAAAGGUCAAGUUAAUCUGCAUCGGUUCCUGUAGGGAUGCCGAAGACGAAAGGCGCGUUAAAGAUAUGCAAGAUUUGGCUAAACACCUAGCAUUGGAUAAUAACGUUGAGUUCAAAUUAAAUGUACCGUAUUCCGAACUCGUGUCCGAGAUGCAAAGAGGAAUAAUCGGUCUGCACACAAUGUGGAAUGAACAUUUUGGUAUCGUCGUCGUGGAAUGCAUGGCUGCGGGAUUAAUUAUGGUAGCUCAUAAUUCUGGUGGCCCGAGGGCAGAUAUCAUAGAAACGCGAGCGGGUAGUGUAACUGGUUUUCUAGCAGAAGAUGAGGUAGAAUAUGCCAAAGUACUAGCUUCCAUCAUACAAAUGCAUCCAACGGAACGACAUGCUAUUAGAGUUGCUGCCAGGUCAUCUGUAAAUCGUUUUUCAUGCCAGAUCUUUGAGAAGGAAUUCCUACGGGCGAUCGAGCCAUUUUUCAGGUCGAAACAAGAAUAAUCUUGCCUUACAAUUUCUCUAAAAUAGUAAAUUACAGAUAUUGUGCGUAUAAAUGGCUCAUUUCAAAAUCAGAAUACAUUUUCGAUACAUGUUACAUUAUGUAUAGUAGCAUACAUAUGUAUGGUAGCGUGUAUAUGUAACAAAUAAGAGUGUUUCUAUAUGUAUGAGACAAAUCUGUAUUUACUUGUUUAGAGAUGUAAAAUUUUUUGCUUGAUUUAUGUUUAAUUUUAGAAUACAGUACAUUAAAUAAUCAUAAUUUAGCACAAAAAUUGUAACACAUUGUAUAUAUAAUGAUGUUUGUUAAUGAAUUGUAUUACUUAAAUGACUUCAGCAUUCUUACAAAAAUGUAGAAAUACUAUUGAAAGCUUAUGAAAGAAUGUGUGGAUGUUACAAUUAAUAUCGAUGUUACAAUUUAUUUGUAAAACUGCGAAUGCGAAAGCCGUAGCUAAUCAAUGUAAGACUUAUGCCGAGAUUGUUAAUUACAUGUGCAACGAUAAGUUAUAAAGCGUCGUAUGAUCACA